UGGAGGUCUUUUAUUUCAUUUCCGGCACUAUUUCAUGUCAGUUUACCAGGUGGAGGUGAUAUCAGGGGUAGAGUUUGUCCAGCUGCCCUGCAAAACCACAAUUCGCCUGCCUGAAGAUUCUAAAGUGGAGUGGACGGACAACGAUGCCGUGAAGGUCCACGUGUAUGAGAACGGCUCUGACCAGCCUGAAGAACAGGACGAUAAAUACAAGAACCGAACAAAGAUGAAAAGAAACUUACUGGAACCUGGAGACCUCAGUCUGACCCUGAAAUACCCCACAGACAGGGACACAGACAGCUAUACCUGCACCGUCUACAGCAGGGAGGAAGAGAUUCUACUUGAGAAACAAGUGGUGCUUACUGUCAGAGUCCCCCCGGAGGUGGUGGAUUCAGGGGUGGAGUCUGUCCAGUUGCCCUGUAAAACCACACUUAAUUUACCUAAACGUGCUAAAGUGGAGUGGCGAGAUGCUUACAGGAAGGUCCAUGUGUAUCAGGAUGGCUCUAAUAAACCAGAUAAACAGGAUCCGUUUUACAGAGGCCGAACAGAGAUGAAUGAAGACCUGCUGAAAACUGGAGACUUCAGUCUGACCCUGAAAUACCCCACAGUCACAAACACUUACACCUGCACUGUCUACAGCAGGGAGGAAAACAUCCUGAUGAAGAAACAGGUCCUGCUCACUGUCAGAGUCCCCCAGGUGGAGGUGGAUUCAGGGGUGGAGUCUGUCCAGCUGCCCUUCAACACCACACUUCACCUGCCUGAAGAUGUUAAAGUGGAGUGGAUGGACAACUAUAGGAAGGUCCACGUGUAUGAGAACGACCCUGACCAGCAUGAAGAACAGCACCAGGUUUACAGAGACCGAACGAAGAUGAAUGAAGACCUGCUGAAAACUGGAGACCUCAGUCUGACCCUGAACUACCCCACAGACUACAACACAGACACCUACACCUGCACCGUCUACAGCAGGGAGGGAAACAUCCUGCUGAAGAGAAAAGUGGAGCUGAAAGUCAGAGUCUGUCAGGUCGAGGUGGAGGAUGGGGCAGAGUCCAUCCAGCUGCCCUUUAGUACCUCAAAAAACCUGCCUGAAGAUUCUAAAGUGGAGUGGUUGGACAAUUACAGGAAGGUCCACGUGUAUAUGAACGGCUCUGACCAGCCUGAAGAACAGCAUCAGGUUUACAAAGACCGAACGAAGGUGAACGAAGACCUGCUGAGAACUGGAGACCUCAGUCUGACCCUGAAACAGCCCAGAGAGGCAGACAGUGGAGGAUACAGAUGUUUAGUCUGGAGAAAGGAAACGUUAAUCAGAAAGAAAAUAGUGGUGCUCAAAGUCAAAGGUUUGUUUGUUCAUUCAUUAUUUGUGUGCGUGUGUUUUUGUUUGUGUGCGUGUUAAGUUUAUUAGUUAAGGCCUAUGUAUUCACAGGAACAUGAAGAUAUUCAGGGUCCAAUCCUGACACGUAGUCUAAUGCCUUUAUUUUCAGGGCCAUGUCCACUUAAUACUCCACUUUAUGGUUAUAUGGCAUUUUAGUUAAUAUAAAGCAUAGAAUUGAGGCACUUCAAAAAAUUUCAUCUCAACAAAACCUAAAACAGUUCAGGGGGUUGACCCAGUGGUCGGUAGCACAGAAGUACAUUCCUGAGCAGGU